AUGACACCGCGGAAACACCACGAAGCCAUGAGUUUUGUGUCUGGAGGAUCAUCUGCCUGGAUCAGGGCGCUGCCGCUGCUGCUGGUUUGUUUCUCUGGUUUGUCUCACGGUCAGAUUUCUUACACCAUCUCGGAGGAGGUGAAGAAGGGAACCGUGGUUGGAAAUAUAGCAAAGGACCUCAACAUUGACGUUCAGGAGCUGCAGUCACGCAAGUUUCAGCUUGUGGCUGGAUCUAAUAAGAAGUAUUUUGAUAUAAAUCCGAAAAGUGGCGUUCUGUUUGUCUACGAUAGGAUCGACAGAGAGGAGCUGUGCGAGAGCAAGCAGAAAUGCUCCCUCAACAUUGAACUCAUGGCACAGAAUCCUAUAAAGCUCUAUCGCAUUGAGGUAAGCAUUACAGACAUUAACGACAACUCGCCGAUUUUUCCACUGCAAAAGCUAGUGAAGAACAUCACAGAAAACGUUGUAGCUGGAGAUCAGUUUGCUCUCUCAGCGGCCCGUGACAAGGAUGUCGGUAUAAACACAGUCAAGAGCUACACUCUGAGCCCCAAUGAGCAUUUUUCUCUGGAUAUACAAACUUACGGACAACAGAGUCUUUCUCCGGAACUAGUGGUACAAAAACCUUUGGAUAGAGAGAAGCAGUCUGUAAUUAAUCUCAUACUGACUGCCGUAGAUGGAGGAAAACCUCCCAAAUCCGGGAUGCUUGACAUAACAAUUAAUGUUUUAGACAUAAACGAUAAUAAUCCCAUAUUUAGUAAGCCUCUGUAUAAAGUUAAAAUACAGGAAAAUGCGUCUGUCGGAACGAAAAUUUUGACUGUGAGUGCCACCGAUUCUGAUGAAGGUGUAAACGGAGAAAUUAUUUAUUCACUUGUAGGUCAGAACGAAAAUUCAGCAUCGGAUCUAUUUUCUAUAAAUAGCGUAACAGGAGAGAUUAAAGUUAAAGGAAAUAUUGAUUACGAAGAAACACCUGGGAUUGAGCUGAGAAUUCAGGCUCAGGACAAAAGCGUGUCCCCGAAACACACUAACUGUAAAGUGUUAAUAGAGGUAGUGGAUGUGAAUGACAGUGCACCAGAGAUCUCAGUUACUCUGCUCAUGAGCUCUGUAAGCGAGGACAUCAAACCCGGGACAGAUGUUGCAUUAAUCACUGUAUCAGAUAAAGACAGUGGAGUGAAUGGGAAAGUGGACUGUAAAAUUAUAGCACCGAGUCCUUUUAAAUUACAAACAUCAUACAAGAACUAUUAUUCUCUUGUAGUGAAUGAAGCUCUGGACAGAGAGCGGCUCUCACAAUAUAACAUCACAGUCGUAGCUAAUGAUGAGGGAACUCCUUCCCUCUCGAGCAGUAACGUUAUAACAGUUCAUGUCUCUGAUGUGAAUGAUAACGCCCCUUUAUUUCCUGCCCCAGUGAUAAACAUUAGCGUGAAAGAGAAUAGUCCAGUUGGAGGGCUGUUAGCAUCAGUAACGGCACGAGACUUAGACAUCGGUGAAAAUGCCCUCGUUUCAUAUUCAUUAAUGAAUGCAGAGAGAAGCAGAGCGUCAAAUAUGAUGAACAUUAACUCUCACACCGGUGAACUGUACAGCCUGAAGUCUUUCGAUUACGAAGAAACGAAACGACUUCAGUUUCAAGUUCAGGCCACUGACUCUGGUGUCCCUCCGCUAAGCAGUAACGUCACUGUGAACGUUUUUAUCCUGGAUGAGAAUGACAACAGUCCAGUUUUUCUCCCUCCUUAUUCUGAACCCGGGUCAGUAAACACUGAGAACAUUCCCUACUCUGCUGAAGCGGGGUAUUUUGUGGCUAAAGUCAGAGCUGUCGACGCCGAUUCAGGUUAUAAUGCACUAUUAUCUUAUCACAUCACUGAAGCAAAGGGAACGAACCUCUUCCGAAUCGGAACCAGCACAGGAGAAAUAAGGACUAAAAGACGAAUGAGUGACAAUGACUUAAAAACCCACCCACUUUUGAUCAGUGUCUCGGAUAAUGGAGAACCUUCACUGUCCACGACUCUGAGUGUUGAAGUUGUGGUUGUGGAAAACAUGGACAUCCUGCAGCCUUCACUAAGACAAGUGCCAGUAAAGGAGGAGAAUGUUUCUAAUCUGAAUCUCUAUCUGCUCAUCGCUAUUGUCUCAGUGUCAGUGAUAUUUUUACUGAGCCUCAUCGCUUUAAUAGCAGCUAAAUGCUACGGGACAGACGGUGGGUUCAGCAGGUCCAGCGCUCCAGUGGUCACUACACACCCUGACGGGAGCUGGUCUUACUCCAAAUCCACUCAGCAGUAUGAUGUGUGUUUUAGUUCUGACACACUGAAGAGUGACGUCGUGGUUUUCCCCUCGCCGUUUCCGCCUGCAGACGCAGAGCUGAUCAGCAUUAAUGAAGGAGACACUUUUAACAGGACACAAACUCUUCCCAGCACUGGGAAGGUAAGGCUGUGA